UCCACCGGAAUCAGUCGAGAGUGUUCAUUCGAGGCGCAAUGUCAACACAUCUCGUGGGACCUAUGCUACUCGUAACAAUCCUGUUCAGCAUUGCACCACAGGAACUGCUCGCGAGAAACCUAGUCUGUACCGCCAAACCGGAAGCAUUCUGGCAGCAUGAACCGGAAACGUGGUGCCUCAUCGAGGACAUCGAUUUGGAAGAGUCUUCUGAAGAUAUUAACUUUCCGGAACAAACGAAAAUUCAUCUAAGAAAUUUCAAUGUAUCCUACCUGUCACCAACAUUACUGUUCAAGAUGAAAAGUGUCCAGCACUUGACGGUAGAGUUCUGUACGAUGACCAAGCUGUUUAUGAAACCAACUCUGAGUAGCAUGGAAAUUAAAAACAGCAACAUAAUGGAAGUUAUCAUCGAUAAGGACAGUAAUUACGAACUACUGAAUUUCAGUUUGGAAGGAAUCUACCGAAAAACAUUCCCAAAUAAUUUUAUUCGAUUAACCCACCUGGAGGAACUUUCCAUUAGACACAAUGAUCUUCCAAAGUUCAACAUGAGACAACUAGAUGGGUUAGGCAAUUUGAAAGUGUUCGAUCUAAGCUACGAUUCGGUUGAACAGUUGAUAAUUCCCGAUGCACUGAAUCUUCCGAAUUUGAAAGAACUUUAUUUAGCGGAGAACAAACUGCAAAAACUUCCUACCAAUUUACGUCGUUUGAAAGCGUUGGAAACGUUAAAUCUUCAUUCCAAUCAAAUUGCUUUUCUAGAAAUGAGUCACUUCAAUGGGCUCAAUCACUUGAAGAAGUUAGUACUAAGCGGAAAUCGGCUCCAGAUAAGUACUCUAGAACCAGUUCACUUGCCCCACUUGGAAAAGCUGGAACUGAUCGGGUGCGGAUUGAAGGAACUGGACAUGCUCUACUGGAAGUUACCCGCUCUGCGAUAUUUCAACGUUUUCGAGAACAGUUUAGUUUCAAUAAUGAAUUUUCCAGAAAGUUUCACGAAAGAGUUGGUGUUCGUUCCGGUGGGAAAUCGAUGGAGCUGCCAGACGCUAGAGGCAAUAAGUAGUAAAGUGACAAUCAAGGUUAAAGAACGGGAUCAUUACUGCGAGCACAAAGUUACCGAUAUAUGCUGUAAUGGAGGAAGCAUUGACUUCAAUCUGGUUGAUACGCUGGACAGGAAGGUGCAAUUGUUGAAGUUUCAAAAUUCGAUUUUGUACGAAAAAUUGUCAGAGACCAAUGGGAAACUGGAGAAAGUGAUCGGCGUUGUAGACCAACGAAUUGUAAAAAAGUGACGAUGAGUUGCAUGCUCUAACUAAAUUAUGCAUUUCUUACGCGCGUUGUUCAGAGAAAAUUAUAAUCGUUCAUUUUAUGAUUCAUACCAAUAAAGAAACUAGUGCGUGUUUUACAUUUUAAAUCAAACCGAAACUGAAA